GAAUUCGGGCGCCAGAAGAAGGAGGCAAAGAGGCUCUGUGCGGGUGUUUUGUGACAAAGGCAAGAGCCCCAGGUCUGCCCAUAGUUAGGUGCAGGCGAAGGAGGCAGCCAGGUAGGCCUAUACCUACCGACAAUAUGGAUUAUAAAUCCAGUCUGAUCCAGAUUGGGAACCCCAUGGAGAACUUGGAGAAGCAGCUCAUCUGCCCCAUCUGCCUGGAGAUGUUUACCAAGCCAGUGGUCAUCUUGCCGUGUCAGCACAACCUCUGCCGGAAGUGUGCCAAUGACAUCUUCCAGGCUGCAAAUCCCUACUGGACCAACCGGAGUGGCUCGGUGUCAAUGUCUGGUGGCCGUUUCCGCUGCCCCUCCUGUCGCCACGAGGUGAUCAUGGACCGGCAUGGAGUGUACGGCCUGCAGAGGAACCUGCUGGUGGAGAACAUCAUCGACAUCUACAAGCAGGAGUGUUCCAGUCGGCCCCUGAAGAAGGGUGGCCACCCCAUGUGCAAGGAGCAUGAAGAUGAGAAAAUCAACAUCUACUGCCUCACCUGCGAGGUGCCCACCUGCUCCAUGUGCAAGGUGUUCGGGGUCCACAAGGCCUGUGAGGUGGCCCCGCUGCAGAAUGCCUUCCAGGGACAAAAGACAGAACUAAGUAACUGUAUCUCCAUGCUGGUGGCUGGGAACGACCGUGUGCAGACUAUCAUCUCUCAGCUGGAGGACUCCUGUCGAGUAACUAAGGAGAACAGUCACCAGGUGAAGGAAGAGCUGAGCCAGAAGUUUGACGUACUGUACGCCAUCCUGGACGAGAAGAAGAGUGAAUUGUUGCAGCAGAUCACGAGGGAGCAGGAAGAGAAGCUCAGCUUCAUUGAGGCCCUCAUCCAGCAGUACCGGGAGCAGCUCGACAAGUCCACCAAACUAGUGGAGACGGCCAUCCAGUCCAUGGAUGAGCCUGGUGGGGCCACCUUCCUCUUGAGUGCCAAGCAACUCAUCAAAAGCAUUGUGGAAGCUUCCAAGGGUUGCCAGCUGGGGAAGAUAGAGCAGGGCUUCGAGAACAUGGACUACUUUACCCUGAACUUAGAACACAUAGCAGACACCCUGAGGGCCAUUGACUUUGGAACAGAAGAGGAAGAAGAAGUCAUUGAAGAAGAUCAGGAUGAGGAAGAGCCCAUGGAGGGGAAAGAAGGACACCAGUAAGGAGCUGGAUGAAUAAGACCCUCUAGAUAUAAAGAGACUGGGGAGGGUGGGGAUGGGCCCAGCUGCCUUGGUGACAGGCCCGGGGUGGGAGGGGUUGGGGCCUCUGGAGAGGCAAUGAGGAGGUGUCUUCCCUCUGCUCAAAGAGCAGGGACUAGGUAGGAGUAGGACCCCACCACUGGGUCUAGCAGCCAUUGAACCGGAAUUGGAAACGUGCUUGAAACAACCACACAGGACACUUUUUUACAAUGGUGCAAAAUGGAGUAUUUUGUACAUUUUUAAAAUGUGAUUUUUUUUUUUUGUAUAUACUUGUAUAUGUAUGCCGAUUUGGUGCUUUUUGUAAAGGAACUUUUGUAUGAUAAUGCCUGGUCAUUGUAUGACUGGUGAUUGUUAGAAGGGAAGGAAGCCAGAUUGAUGCAUCUGACCACUUCCUUUGCUCAGUGGGAGGCUGGGUAGUACUCAUAGGCCUGGAAAGGGAUAAAGUACUAUAUAUUUCAGUGCCGAUCCCUGACAUGUGGGAUGGUUACUAAGUUUGUGUUAUGUGUCGUUUUAAUAAAUGCACAGUGCUCUCUCUUCCUGUUAUUACCAAAAGAGCUGGGCUUUCAUUCAACCUUCCUCCUCCCUCCUUCCGCAUAGAGAGGGAGGCCUGCUGGCAUAGUAGUGAAGCUCGGCUGCUAACUGAAAAGUCAGCAGUUCGAACCACCCGCCACUCUUGCCACUCCGUGGAAGAAAGAUGUGGCAGUUUGCUUCCUUAAAGAUUACAGCCUUGGAAACCCUUUGAGGCAGUUCUACUCUGUCCUCUAGGGCUGCUACGAGGUUAUAAGUUGGAAUCAGCUUGACAGCAACGGGUUUGGUUUCUGGAGAGGAGCGUUCGAUUCUACCAGGUGCUCCUUGGAAACCCUAUGGGGCAGUUCUACUCUGUCCUAUAGGGUCACUAUGAGUUGAAUCAACUCAACAGCAACCAGUUUUUUUUUUUUUGGUUUGGUCUAGUAGGAAAUUUGUGGCAGGAGGUAGAAGGUGAUGGCAAGGCUAGGCUUAUCCUUCCAAGAGUUCCUUAUUUUUGGUGAAGAUAUAUACAGCAAAACAUAAUAUCAACUUAAUGAUGUCCGCGGUACAAUUCAGUGACAUUGGUUACAUUCUUCAAGUUGUGCUGCCUUUCUCCAUACUCUUCUCUGAAUUGUUUGCCAUUGUGAACACCAACUCGCUGCCCUCGAAACUUCUCAUCUAACCUUUGGAAUUGCUGUUGAUUUGAUCUCUUCCAGAAAAUUCUUUAAAAGAAUACAAUGCUCAUUCUCUUCUAAUUAUGCAAAACUAUUUGCGGAUAGUUUCAGGUUUAAAGAUUUCCUCAGCACAGUAGUUGGGGGAGUUAAGGGUCAGUCAUCCUCAAUGGCUCUAGAGAGUCUGGGUUCCAGGAGAAUUUAAGGUUCUAUUCCACAUUAUUUCCCCUUUUGAUCAAACAAUUCAGUAAUGGUAGCCAGGCGUCAUCCAGUUUAUCUGGUCUUGAUGGCAAAGAAGGCAGUUGUUCAUAUGGUGGCAACCUCCAAGAAUUCUUUAAACCAGCAUUUCCCAGUGUGAGGUCCAUGGAAAAAUGGCCCCAAAGUGAUCCGCAAAAAAACAUUGGCAUGUUAUUGCCCUGGGUCUCCAGAAAACAGAGCCUGAGGCAAAGCUUAAAGGCUAAUGCUUUAAUAGGAGGUGCAAUCCCAGGGCAGCCAGAGUGAAGGGAAAUGGAAGCAAGGCAGGGAAGGAGGGCAGGAAAAUGGAAGGCAGAGAAAGAGGGAAGCAAUACGGAGUAUCAUAUUACUGAUCUGGCCACAGUUUCACUAAGACAAGUCUGAUUGCUCAGUCAUGUGAGAUGUUUCUAGCUUAAACAACCCACCAUGACUCAACAGUUCAUCAGAGGGAAGAAGAGAAAUUUUGUCUGCUGGCUCCUUUCCAUCUUCUAUCUGUCUCAUGGUUGAACUUUGCUUCAUAGAGUGUUCAUUCACCUGAACUUCCAGGUUGCGUUGCUUGGCAAUUUGGGGGAGCUGCUGGGGAAACGAGGUUGCGUGUCACGCUGUGCGGUGGUUCAGUUGAGUCUGGAAGAGGUAGAAGGAGCCAUAGACCCUGUGGUCCAGUUGGGUCAGGCAUGGAGGCUGGAGCUGUUACUGCCCCCACUGCAGUGAGCACAAUGGAGUUAUGCUGGAGGCCAGACUCACUCUAGGGAAGGCCAAGACAGCCAUCAGUAGGAGUGGAUGAGGGGGUGAUGAAACUGCAGCAGCAGCCAGGCUUUCCAUGAGCAAGCUGCCAAGGGUCUGGGAAAAAGGUAAGGCUGACGGGUCUGAGGUAGUGCAUUAAUUGGGCCCCAUACAAAAAAACCAAAAUGAAACCCAGCCCCAUCACCCAUUAAAAAAAAAAAAAAAUUUACUCCUUAUAAAUUUGGGGAACACUGUAGUCUGUCCUGUCUUUGACAUUCAGAACCCAGUUGCAAAUUAAGGGCUCCGAGAAGUCCUGCAGUGAAAAAAGGUAUUUAGCUUUUGUUGUUCUUCAUUGCUGUCAAAUUAACUCUGACUCACACAACCUAUGUAUAACAUCUUCGUACUCGUUGUGGGUGUGGACUCAACAUCCAAAUAUUGUAAACCUUAUGGAUACCAAGAACAAACUCGUUGCUGUUGAGUCAAUUCCGACCCUUAGCGACCCUAUAGGGCAGAGUAGAACUGCCCCCAGAGAGUUCCCAAGGCUGUAAUCUUUACAGAAGCCGACUACCACACCUUUCUCCCAUGGAGCGCCUGGUGGGUUUGAACCACCAACCUUUUGGUUAGCAGCUGAGCACUUAAUCACUGUGCCACCAGGGCUCCUUAAACUUGUGGAUAGUAUUUAACUUUAGAGAAGGAUGUAAGUUUAGAAAAGGAAUACUUUAUCGAGUUCACAGGGCUUAGGAUACUUCCUGAUCCUUAAGGCUUUUAAUGAAUUUUUUUUGGUGAAUUGAAUAUUUGAUCCAACAUUUCUCAAUUUAUUUGUUCACAUUACAUCCACCAGAACUAGUGUUCUGUGGAACUCAUUGUAUGAAAGUGUUUUUAAACCCUCAUGCCUCUGCUCAUUUUUACUUCUAGGAGUUUCUCUAAGGUUACCUCAGCCUCUAAUUUUGAAUUUCAGGGAAAUCAGACUUUGCUCUCAUUUGUAGUCCCUUCUUAGCUCUGAAGUCUUUUUUUUUUUUUUUAAACUUAAAAAAAAAAUUGUCUGCUAUGUUACACAAACACACAAUUCACAAAACUAGUUGUACAAUUUAGUAAGCUAUUAUAAUUUAACUCCUCUGUUACCACUACUCAAGUCAAAAGAAACAACACUGCCAGCCCCCAGAGGCAGAGGCCCUGUGACUCCCUUCCACCACAAUUCCUUCUUCUGCUUGGAAGCCACUGUCUUAGUUACCUAGUACUGCUUUAACAAAAAUACCACAAAUGGGUGCCUUUAACAAACUUUUUUUUUUCUCACAGGUUAGGAGGCUAGACAUUCAAAUUCAGGGUGCCAGCUCUAGGGGAAGACUUUCUCUGUCAGCUCUAGAGGGAGGUCCUUGUCUCUUCUGAGCCUCUGCUCCUGGGCAAUCUUCAUGUAGCUUGGCAUCUCUCUUCCCCUACCUCUGCUCUGCUCACGUGUUUAAUCUCUUGUGUAUCUCAAAAGAGAUUGACUCAAGAUACACUAAUCCUGCCUCAUUAACAUAACAAAGACUACCCAUUCCCAAAUGGGAUUAUAACCACAGGCAUGGAGGUUAGGAUUUACAACAUGUGUUUUUUGGGAACACAAUUCAAUCCAUAACAUUCCACCCUUUGGCCCCUCCACCCCCCAAUUCAUGUCUUUGCCAUAUGCAGAACACAUUCACCCCAUCACAUCAUCCCAAAAGUCUUAAAUCUACUCCAAGUCCAAAAUCUCACCUUCUAAAUCAUCUAAAUCAAAUAUGGGUGAGACUUUAGAAGUAUUCUAUCCUGGGGCAAAAUUCCUCUUCAUCUGUGAACCUGUAAAAUCUAGACUACAAGUUAUGUGUUUCCAAAGUACAACGGUGGAACAGGCACAAGGUAGACAUUUCCAUUACAAAUGGGAGACAUUGGAGGGAAAGAAGGGAUAACAGGCACCAAGCAAGUCCGAAACCUAGCAGAACAAUUUACAUUAGCUCUCAAGUCUUGAAAAUAAUCCUCUGUGGGACCAUCUGGGCAAUGGCCGUGCCCUCCAGACUUUGGGCUUGGCCAUAUCCUCUGGAUGCUGGGUGGAGGCCCCUCAGCCCUGGGUUUCAGCUCUGCCUUCUAGGCCCUCCGUUAAACCCAUAGCCGUGGAGUCGAUUCCAACUCAUAGUGACCCUAUAGGUCAGAGUAGAACUGCCCCAUAGAGUUUCCAAGGAGCACCUGGUGGAUUCGAAAUGCUGACCAUUUGGUUAGUAGCCAUAGUACUUAACCACUAUGGCACCAGGGUUUCCUCCAAGCCCACUGGGAUGGUGAUUCUGCUCCCUAGGCAUUGGGCAGCC